CAUCCCUCUAGUUCUGAGAGAGGCCCUCCCCCGCUCCUCUUCGGAUCUCCUCCUGCAUAUCAUUGCAAGUCUUUGCUUUUUGAAAUAGGGAAUGACCUAAAUCUCCGUCUAGCCGAUGGAGGAGGUCUCACAAACGUCAACAUGGUUUGGCGGGCUAAGAGCGGGAAUAGGGAAGCGCGUCAUUCACCAAACCACGCCACCCUCAGCCGCUGGCACCUUGUCAAAAGUUUGCAAUGUGCGGGAGGCGGAGGUUAGGCUGGGAAGCUUCUCGGGGGACUUCUUGCUGCCCCCCCUCUCAGUUCAGGAUUGGUGGAAACCCAGCCGUCGAAAGGGUUUAUACAGCGCUUCGGAGAUUGUCACAGCUGUCUCUGGGUCUUGUUGGAGGAGUGUUGUCAUCAUGAGCUUCUUGAUCUUGUUUGCUUCAAUAAACAUUUUCCUGUUUUCCCAAGCAUUCGUGUCAUGGAGCAUACAAGAACUACAUGUCAGCCAUGAAACCACUGAGAAAAUAACAGCAGCUGGCCAGUUAAUGAAUUGCUCUGCCCCAGUCGACAUCUUGUUUUUGCUAGAUGGAUCCUACAGCAUUGGCAAAGGAAGCUUUGAAAGGUCAAAAUAUUUAGCUAUCAAGCUUUGUGAUGCUCUGGACAUCAGUCCAGCAAAGGUCAGAGUGGGAGCAAUGCAGUUCAGCAACACUCUUCACUUGGAAUUCCCUCUGGAUGCAUAUUUCACGAAAUGGGAGAUAAAAGACAAACUCAAGAAGAUUGUGUUCAAAGGUGGGAGAACAGAAACAGGACAUGCUCUGAAAUACAUUCUCCAGAAAGGAUUCUGUGGGGGCAGAAAUUCAUCAGUACCCCAAAUCCUUUUAAUUCUAACUGAUGGGAGAUCUCAAGACAAUGUGGCAAUACCAGCUAAGCAAUUAAAAGAAAGGGGGAUUGCUGUGUUUGCAGUGGGAGUCAGCUUCCCAAGAUGGGAAGAACUGCGUGCCCUAGCCAGCGAGCCAACCGAAUGGCACAUGCUGUUUGCUGAAGAUACUGAUGAUGCCUCCAAUGGUCUAUAUACCACCCUUACGGAUGCUGCAGUCUGCAGUGCUGCAUUUCCAGGUUGCAGAGCUGAAUCUCACCCUUGCAAACGCAAAACACUUGAGAGAGUAAAAGAGCUGGUUGGAACCUUUUUUUGUUGGAAGGGAUCGAAGAGCACUAAUGCUGUGCAUACGUCACUCUGCCCGUUUUACAACUGGAGGAACACUUUCAUCAACUAUCCAUCUAAAUGUUACCGAACCACAUGCCCAGAUCCUUGUAGUUCCUACCCUUGCCAGAAUGGAGGCACAUGUAUUCAACAGGGAUUAGAAGGAUACCACUGUGUCUGCCCAGUUGGCUUUGGAGGAGCUGCUAAUUGCGCACCCAAGCUGAGUCUAGAAUGCAGUGUGGACCUGCUUUUCCUGGUGGACAGUUCAUCCCGCAUUACCCUUGAAGGAUUCUUGCGCUAUAAAGCUUUCCUGAAAAGAUUUCUCCAAGCAGUGUGGAGUAGAGAUAGUCCAGGGAGUGUGGGUGUGGCUCAGUAUAGUAGCAAUGUCAAGAUGGCUGUCAGAGUUGGGGACCACCAAGAUGUACUCAGUCUGGUGAAGGCCAUUGAUUCCAUGCAGUUCAGUGGAGGAAGCACCUUGACUGGCAAGGCACUACAGUAUAUCGCACAGCAUGGCUUUAAGAGUGCACCAGUCUUUGCUGACGUCCCUGAUGAGCUUCCACAUGUGGUGGUCUUGCUCACAGAUUCCAAUGCUCAGGAUUCAGUGGCAGAAGCAGUUAAGUACAGUAGAGGCCAAAAUGUAUUCCUUAUUGGCAUUGGCAGUGAAUAUUUGAGAGCAGAGCUGGAUAAAAUUACAGGAAAUCCAAAAUGGACACUUAUCUACUCAUCCCCACAAGAUCUAUUCAACAAGAUUACUGAUCUACAAAGAAAAAUAUGCAGCAUAGACAGCCAAGGCUGCCCAUCUCAGUCUUUGGACUUGGUAUUUGCUCUGGAUUCUUCAGCUUCUGUUGGAAGGAACAACUUUGUGCAGCUGAAAACCUUUGUGAGCAGCCUCUCUCUGCAAUUUGAUAUCUAUCGGGACAUGACUCACGUAGGCCUUGUUGUUUUUGGCAAAAGGCCCCACACCAUAUUUGGGCUGGACACACAUGUUACUAGCUCAGAUCUCCAUGAAGCCAUCAACCAAGCUCCCUUUGUGGGUGGCUCCUCCUCAGUUGGCAGCUCCUUGCUACAUAUUUAUGAUGACCUCAUGACUGUCCAAAAAGGAGCAAGGCCUGGCGUGAAGAAGAUUGUGGUGGUGAUCACAGGUGGAGUCGGAGUGGAGGAUGCUAUUGUCCCAGCUCAACAGCUACGUAAUAAUGACAUAUCACUCUUUGUCAUUGGGAUGGGACAUGUCCAAAUGAACUCAUUGCUGAAGAUUGCAAAUUCUCACAAUCAUCUGCUGAGGAUUUCUUCUUAUGAAGAUCUAAAACCUAAUGAAGAUCUUAUCAUUGAAAGAAUAUGUGAUGAGGCCAAGAAGCCAGUGAACAUCUGUAGACCCAACCCCUGCAUGAACAAUGGAGUUUGUGUUCCUGGGAAUGGAAGCUACUGGUGUCAAUGCCAAGGCUGGGAAGGACCUCACUGUGAAAACAGAAUUCAGAGGGGUGACAUAUCACCAUCAUGGAUGCAUCCGGCGAUGGUCCGUGUUCAAUGAAACUGACGCAGUUGGCAGCAGCUUUAUGGAUCUCGUCAGCUUUCAAAAAGGCAACUGCAAGAGAUGCACUGACUACCUUCAGCUACUGAAAACAUUGUACAAAAGAACUGAAAUGCAGGCAAUGUUUGCAAGCAAUAAUGCUGUUCCAAAGCACAAGAGUUUAGCACAGAAUUCCUGGCACACCGAACAAGGUUACAAUAUCUAAUGUGUGUUGAUAUUAAAUAUUUAUUAUUGUUAUCCUGACCCUUUCACCAUAAGGUCAGCACCUCUUCUAUACAAUGAGUUCUAUAGCUCUGAAGAUUUGGGUUUCUGUACUUCUUUGGACAUUCUAGAGAAAGGUGGUGCCAUUUUUAAGUUCAGAUCAAACCAGCAAAAUGCCUGGCCAAGGUUUGGUUUAUAUUUAUACUUGCCUCGACUCCCCUGAGACAUGAGAAGUUACAGGCACACAGUGCUUACCUGGGUUUGGUUUCCUUUGGAAGGAAGUCACUAGAGGCUUAUGGCAUUUUUACACACACAACUUGUGUGUGAUUUACAAAUAAACAGGUUGUGAAGGCAUAGCUUAAACACUCCAAAAUCUACUGCUCCCACAUCAGAUUUCUCCAGAGAAGAAGCCCCCUCAAAGGCGCUUCUUCUCUCUGUCUCUCUCAUGGUUAGUUUGACUUCCCAACUCAAAAUGCAGUCCACUCACAGCUAGCUUGCAUCCUGUCCCUGGCUGGAAUUGGAAAAAAUAAAGAUGGCUCAUCUUCUCUAAUUGUCUGCUAGCCCUCUUGGCAGUGGUGGCUGCUGUCCAUUGGGACUUGUAGUGGAUCCAUAGCCAAUGACUGACAGAGCCAACUAAUUCUAGUUUUGGCAUCAUCCUCUUCCCUGCUAAGUGCUACAAGGGCAACACUGAAAGGAGGAGAAGGCUGACAGGUAGUGCCACCUCUUGGACUGGCUAUAAGUAAGAAAGACAGGUAAGAGCUGCCUGAGAGCAGACUGAGGUUGGUGGGACAGUGCCUUAUUCAUCCUGAUGAACCUGCCCCCACUGCUUCUUGGGCCAUUUACUUAUAGUUUUGCUAACAAAAGAUGUGUCUGGCAAUUUGACCACUACCCAUUAAGGGAGUAUGUAGCAACACAUCUGGCUCCAUCAACCCCACUCCUAUAAGAAAAUGCUAUGGGUUAUCAAUAUGAAAGUCAGCCCUAUGUCUAAAUGGAAAUGGACUGCCUUCAAGUCGAUCCUGACUUAUGGCGACCCUAUGAAUAGGGUUUUCAUGGUAAGCAGUAUUCAGAGGUGGUUUACCAUUGCCUUCCUCUGAGGCUGAGAGGCAGUGACUGACCCAAGGUCACCCAGUGAGCUUCAUGGUUGUAGUCCAACACUCUAACCACUACCACUAUGUCUACACACACACUGACGUCAAAAUCAUCCUGGUCACCAAGUGAUCAUGUGGAGGUGCAGGAAUAUCCAGUGCCCAUACUGUGCUUCCUCCUAUGUUGCAUUGCUGUCUGCAUUAGGGAUAGGUGAGAUUUCUGCUGAAUUCUAUUUAACACCAGAUUUUUCAAUGAUCUGCAUAUCCUUCAUCUUUGUGGGAUGAUCCUGCUUGCUCUGAACUUCAGUGGCUUUCCCCCGACACUGAUUUCCCCCCUCAAAUAUUCCCUCAAAUAUAUUGUUCUUUUAUUAAUUUUACUCAUGGCACAGUACAGAUCCCCCCCCCCUCUCUGCCUCUCUGCUGCACUCGAAUAAUCCAAGUGGGGAGGAAGAAGUCAAGCCCAUAAUAGCCUAUAAUAGGAGCAGAGGAGGAAGCCGUAAAGCCAAUUUCCUUUCAAAAUAUUGAUAAUUCCUUUUAAAAUGCUGAUGAUUUUUUCCAAUAUAUUGGUACUUUCUUUCAAAAUAUCAAUAAUUUCUUUUGAAAUAUCAAUGGUUGCUUUCAAAACAUUGAUAUUAAUAUUGAUAUUUUUUGAAGGAAAAAUAUCAGACUGGUAAAAGCAAGGGAUAGUAGACAAAGAAUGAACACGAAUCGAUACUGCCUAGUAGGUCAACAGAAAGCUUUCGAAAUGGCACCAUCCAAUGGAUCCCAUCCCUAGUGUGCAUGCUGAUUUCCUCUCUCAUCUCCUGAUUGAAACAAGUAGUGAAAUCUGCUUCUGCCACACUUCUGUGCGCAUGUCAAAACACACAUGGAGAUUUAAGUACCAGAUAUGUAAAUUUGUGUUGCAUGGCUCACAUUUGCUCUCAGACCUGUGAAUCUGUGGGUCAAAUUAUGUGUGUGUGUAUGUAACCCUUCUUCCCCUACCCAAGUGUUUACUUACUUACUGAAGCAAGAGAGCAAUUCUGCUCUAUCUCUCUCCAUCACUUGCAAAAUCCUAAAAGCUGAAGCCAGAUGUUUUCCUAAGAUAUGUCUUGAACUUGAAAUGGAGCAGAGGACAUGACUCUCUGUCUUAUUUGGUCUGACACGCCGCAGAUAUCUUUACAUGAGCCCAGGCUAGUUAGUAUAAUUGUGAGAUGGAGAUGCUCUGUUGAACUUGUUUUUUUUAAUCUCAUGUGGUAUAUUCAGUCAAAGCCCUAAAAAUGACUAAAAUACUUUAAAUAAAUCAAUACACUAUAAUAUCUUUAAUGCUAUUCCUUAAAUCAUGGGUAGCGCGCCUGGGUUUACAUCCAGCUAAGUUCUACUAAGAGUGAGCCCAUUGAAUGAGGACCUGAGUUAAUCAUAUCCAUUAUUUCAGUAGGUCUGCUUUGAGUAUGACUAACAUUGGAUACAACCCAUGGUACCCUCCAGAUGUUUUGGACUACAACUCCCAUCAGCCCCAGCCAGCACAGCCAAUGUAAAGGGAUGAUUGCAUUUGUAGUCCACAACAUCUGAACGGCACCAUGUUGGCUAUUCCUGGCUUAAGUACUCCAGCAGCUAAAGUCAUUAGAAUGACAGUUCGAAAUUUAGGUGGAAUAUGACUGGUACAGUGAUGGGGAAGGUUUAGCCUGAUUAUGGAGAGUGAUCUUUUUUUGCCCAGAGGUUGGGUCUUCAGAAUCUCUGCUUCAGCAAUUUAUCUAAACAUGGAGCUGAUCUCUAUUUCAGCAAUUAAUUGGUCUAAUCCAUUUUACAGUCCCCUAAUCUAGUGGCUAUUAUAAGAAUCUUGUGGCAAUAAAUCUACAAGUUAGACUGUGCAGUGCCAGUGUAUGUGAGGAAGCAGAAGGCAAACUGGCACCUCCUCCUCCCUUUAGAAAUGGCUACCUUAGCAGAAUGCGACCUAUGGUUCAAAACGCCACCUGUUGGCUUGCUCUCUGUGUUGGUUGAAUAUAUUCACAGUACAAGAACAAAAAAACCCAAUACUGUGACAUGUUCUGUUCUUUUCUGUGUUGUCCUCCCUGCAUGUUAUAUCUUCUUUGUUUGGGAGGAAAACUUGCAAAGUUGGGCUUAAUAAAACAUUUUCGCAGUCCUAAACAUUUGAUUUUCUGUACCAGCUUCAUUUAGUCGUACAGUUCCACUGAGCAGUAAGAUAAUGUGAAAAAUGGCUUGUUUAGGACGUGCUGAUGAGUAAAGAUGACACUAAGAAUGGAUACGGGGAGGAGGUUAAGGCUGAGAUAAAGCUGUUUUGAACUCCUGAGUCAAACAGUUGAGUCUACUGGAUUAUGUUUCUCAUAAUAACACAAAUUUCAUACUGGUUCUAUACUUGGUUCACUGAAGCAGUGCUCUCAUUUGUGCCAACUGGAGCCCUGCCAAAUUUUAU